CAAGGUUUUUUUUUUUUUUUUUUUUUUAAUUCUAAUAUUUUGCAAGGACUAAUGUUCAAAAACCCCUUCCCCUUAUAAAAUUAGGCACAGAGAUUGUGACAUAUGCCCUAGCUUCCAAUUAGCUAGUAUAAAUAAAGAACUUUUGUGAUUGAUUAGUCACAACAUUUUCAAGCCAAGCAACCACAUAAUCCCUCUAAUGGAGCAGAGCAAACACCGGAGAGUGAUACUCUUCCCCUUGCCUUUUCCUGCAUCACAUAUAAACCCAAUGCUGCAACUGGCCAACAUUCUACACACCAAAGGCUUCUCCAUAACCAUUAUCCACACCAACUUCAACUCUCAUAACUUCAACCCAUCAGCCCAUCCACACUUCACGUUUAUCUCAAUCCCUGACGGCUUAUCUGAAUCCGAGGCGGCCACCAAUAACAUUCUCCAUCUUUUUUCUCUUCUGAAUGUCAAAUGUGUUGAACAGUUCCGCGAAUGCUUGGCUAGCUUGUUAUCUGCUGACGCUAACUCAGAGGAGCCUAUUGCUUGCUUAAUUUCUGAUGCUAUCUUUCACUUCACACAACCUGUUGCUGAGAGCCUCAAGCUCCCAAGGCUUGUGCUAGAGACCAUGGGUGCCACUUCCACUGCUGUUUAUUAUGCAUUUCCUCUUCUGCGUGAAAGGGGUUACCUUCCCAUACAAGAUUAUCGACUAGAAGAGCUGGUAAAGGAGCUUCCACCUCUCAAAGUCAAAGACCUUCCGGUGGUUAAAGGGUGCGAUGCCGAUAAAUAUUUUGAGUUCAUUGUUUACUUGUUAAGUAUAACUCAGGCCUCAGAUGGACUGAUUUUCAAUACUUUUGAAGACUUUGAAGAAACUUCACUGGCCAAAAUACGCCACGAAUAUCUACCCAAUACUCCAAUUUUCCCAAUAGGCCCAUUUCACAAGUAUUCCCCUUCCCCUUCUUCAAAUAGCCUAUUGUCACAAGACCAAAGUUGCAUUUCAUGGCUAAACACUCAAGCACCAAAGUCAGUUGUUUAUGUGAGUUUUGGGACCGUUGCCAAAAUGGAAGAAGCUCAAUUUUUGGAGAUAGCUUGGGGACUAUGCAAUAGCAACCAACCCUUCUUGUGGGUUCGACCUGAUUUAGUCCAUGGAUCGAAUUGCCUCGAACAAUUACCUAGUGGGUUUGUCGAGACUUUGAACGGGAGGGGACACAUUGUGAAAUGGGCGUCACAAAAUGAUGUGUUGGCCCAUCCGGCAGUUGGAGCCUUUUGGACCCACAAUGGUUGGAAUUCUACAUUCGAGAGUGUUUGUGAGGGGGUCCCCAUGAUUUGUACGCCAAGUUUCGCCGAUCAAAUGGUUCUUGCAAGAUAUGCGAGUGAAGUUUGGAAGGUCGGGUUGCAGAUUGAAGAUGGGAUUGAGAGAGGUUUGAUUGAAAAAGCAAUUAGGAAAGUAAUGGUGGAGAAGGAAGGGGAAGAGAUGAGAGACAGAGCCUUGAAGCUAAUGGAGAAGGCAAAUCUUUGCCUCAAGCAAGGUGGCUCCUCAAACCAAUCUUUGGAUGGGUUGGUUAAACACAUUUUAUCAUUCAAACCAUUUGGUGUUCCACAAGAAUAACAUAUAUAACCUCCCCUUGCUCCGCUCCCAACCGUAGUUGAUUCCGACUGCCGUUUUGAGAGACGGACGGUGUUUUCCCGACGUACAUAGUCGUUUUCUUGGUGUUUAUUGCCAAUUUUCUGGUUUUCUUUCUUUCCAUCCUUUUUUUCUCCCUAUCUUCCAAAUCCUGAUAUCAAGUUUGGCUCCCCUUCGCUGCAAACCCAUCCCCCCCCCCCCCCCCUCAUGCUUCCCCAUAUUCAUCUCCUCACCCAGCCAUAAAUUAGACCUGGAAGUGCUUCACCUACUUGACUCUCUAGAUCCACACCUCAUAGCCCCUUGCCGUACCUGUUUACCGGAAAAUUUGGGCGAGGUGUGGUACGAUUCGCAUCAUAACAAGGGUGUUUUACACACCCCCUUUUGCCCUGCCCCUGUUCGUUUGCUUGUCUGGUUUCAUGGAUCUCUGUGCAGGUGCGGCUAUGAAAGGUUGGGAUCUCGGUGGUUCAAUUUGUUUCGGCAUUUCAAGAUCUGAUUUACGGUUUGGGUGUGUUUUUGGGUAUGGGUUUGCGUGGUGCUACACGGCUUUUGCAGGACUCAACUUGGCGUUGUCUCCGCGGCUGCAGUUCCUGUCGGUGCGGCUACAGUCGCUGGUAGCUGUUUGUUGUUGGAGAUUAGGGUCCUUUUUUUGUCUGUUGUUGAGUCUUUGCUUGUGUGAGCCUCUUGAUAUUUUGAGACUUUGAGUUACUGCUCUGCUUUGGCUUGGACAUUUUUUUUUGUGUGUAAUUUUCUCUCUUUUUAAUGAAAUAUUAGCAUAUGGGAGUUGAAUAUCA